AUGCAAUGCAAGCACAGCAGGUGGAUGCAAGCACCAUGGCUUCUUCACUUGCUGCGUCGUUCUGCCGUGCAGCCAGAGGCUGUGGCAAAUGACAUGGCUUGGAAUAUGCGGCGCUGGACCUGCGCACUCUUGUCAUUGCGAGAGUUGCAAUCAGUUGGUCUUCUUCCAGACGAAGUGGUGUACAACACCGCGCUGAACACUUUUGUGCAAGAGCGGCACUGGGAGCAUGCCUACCUGGCAGUGGGACACAUGACAUCUGGCAGAUGUGAGCUUGAUGCAGCUGCUGUCACGACACUAGUGCGUGCUGGCGAUGGCGGAAAGUGGCAACGGGCUGGAAAGUUGUUCUCCAAGCUGCAGAGCCAUGGACUGCAGGUCGAUUCGGUAGCAGGAUGUGUUGCAAUUUCGUUGAGCCACUGGGAGCAAGCGUUGGCGCUCGUCUUGAACAUGCUGGUGGAAGCUGUGGAACUCAACGUUCGAGUUAGCAAUGCUGCGGCCGUUGCACUUGACCGAUCCCAACCCAGCCAGUGGGAGAGAGUGCUCGCUUUCACAUCGCAGCUUGUGGGGACCUCACUUUCCAGCGAUGCGCUGACCUACGGUUGCAUCUUACAUGCCCAUGGCGAGGGUAACUGGCACAGGGCUUUGGUGAAUUUGUUGACUUUGCCGCGCCAAGUUGUCGACGCAAGGCAUUUCCCUCCUAUGCUCAAAGCAUGCGCGUCCGCGCGGGAGUGGCACAAGUCGCUGAUGAUUUUGUCACAUGCACGAGGGAUGUUGCUGCGCACGGACGUGGCAACAAACAGUGCCAUGCUAUCAGCAGGUCAUCCAGACAGAUGGAGUCAGACACUGACUAUUCUUCACACAUUGAUGACAAGAGAAAGUAACCGAGACCUCGCUGCUUUUGUUGCAGCAGCCACUGCUCUGGACGAUUGCGGGGCAUGGUUCCAAAGCCUACAUUUGUUCCAGAACUCCGUGGAGAUGUCUCUCGGGCCUACCUUGCAAACUUGCAGUCUUGCUCUGCGUGCUUGCAGCAGAGCUCGUGCAUGGCUGCAGGCGCUUAGGCUGUUUUGCCAAGCGGCCGAAUGCAGAGUCGAGGCAGACAGCGUUGCGCUCAACACGUUGAUCGCAUCCCUUGGAUCGGAGAACUGGGGAGCGGCCCUGGACAUUCUCUCAUUGCACGGCCGCUGUUCUGACGCCGUGUCGCACCGGACGGUGAUGAGAGCCAUGAGCGCGGGCACCAAAAUGACAGACAAUUCGUGGGAGCUGGCUUCGAAAAUCUUCUUUAACCUUGGGAACGCCAGACUGGGCAUCGACGCUGCGUCAUGCCUGGCAGCAGUUGACGCCUUCGGUUGCAAGCAGCAGUGGCGACAGGUCAGUGCCUUGCUCAACUUGCUCAGCAGCAAAGCUGCUCCUGCUCUUGACGCUGUGGCAGAGCCGCGCAAUGGAAUCAUGCACUUCGACACUUCGCCACCUCAGGCCUCAGCGGUGCAAAAAAGUCCCAGGAAGCCAUGCUGCAACCAUGCUGCGCUGUUGGCCUGCGCAGGUGCUCGGUUCACACCCGACAUUGUCUCCUAUGGGGCCGCGAUCUCUGCCUGCGAAGCGGCUCGCCGAUGGUAUUCUGCCUUGGAUUUGCAGUCGUGUAUGUUUCUACAAAGGCUGGAGACCUCGACUGUUGCACACGGUGCCGUCAUGAGCUCGAUCAAUGCUGUGGCGAACUGGCAGCUGACGUUGUCUACCUUGGCACAGCUGCAGCAAUGGAAGCUGACAAGCAUCGUUGCUUACAACUGUGUCCUGGUUGCGUAUGAAAUUUCUGAAACAGCCAGAAGCUGGCAGCAGUCUUUGGACCUCCUGAUGGGUGUGCCAAGGAGACGCCUUAAAGCCGAUCUCAUUGGCUUUAACGUUUUGGUCAGCUCGUGCGGGAAAGGGCGGGCAUGGGAGAUGGCUCUGCAAGUCUUGAUGUCAAUGCCUCUGAACGUGUUGCAGCCGGACCUCAUGACUUGCGACUCAAUUCUCAUGUCUUGUCUCGACUCUGGCGAGACACGGACAGCAUUUGAGGUUCUGUCAAUGUCGGAGCAUUCUCGUUCACCGCUGUCUCUGUUGUGGUCCUUAUCUGUGCUAUGUGUUUCAAACCCUGAAACUAUCAGCAUGGCUUGCAUGGACGCCGUAGAUUCAGAUGUUGACAACUGGGAGGCAGGAGAUUCAGCGCUGUAUCUGUACUCGACGGCUCUCUUGGGAGCAAGUACUAGAAGGCACGAAGCAGUUGCCCGGCAUAUCCAUGACAGGAUAUCAUCACUAAGCCUCGACAUGUUGGUGAUGUGCUGUUGGGGUGCCAUUGGCUUACCCGGUGCAGCAAGCUUGAUGGAAGCAGCUGUGGCACACACUCAAGACGUACUGAGAAGUGUUGGUCGCACACUCAGUCUGCACAACUACGACUUUCCAAAGUCUGGGCUUAAGCUCCUGGGUCUCGUUUUCUCCUGUCGUUUGUCGGGGUGCUUACAAGCGCACUUUUGUGCAACUGUACGUCGGCUUCUCCUCGACGUCGGGCGUGAUUUGGAUGCAAGCCCUGCUAGCCCAAUUGCUAGUUCAGGGAGCACCCUUCAAGCCAUUGUCAAGGACCCAGCCUCAAUCAUGGAGUUGCCGCGAGGGCUUCAGAAGGCUUCAGUUGUGGUGGACAUGCCUGAUCGGGCGGCUGUGUAUAAGCCGCGUGGCUGGGAGGUGUAUGGGGGCCACUCCCAACUACAGCUUGUAGCUUUCUUGCUGGAGCAGUAUGGGGCUCGGCGAAUCUUCCGUGAUGCAAGCCAUCACCACGGAUUUCUGCACCGACUUGAUGUGCCCAGCACGGGCUUGAUUUUGGUUUCGAAGACUUUUGAGGCAUUUUACGACUUACAAUUGCAGCUUCAUGCUGGGCGUGUGCACCGUGACUACAAAGCUUUAUGCCAUGGCUGGCUCCCGCCACGGGCAGAGUUCAAGGCACAGAUCUACUGGCAUGGAGAUGGCCCCAGUGUGUCAGGUGGAAGGGGCAAGCCCAGCAGCACGCUCCUACUACUCUGCUGCCAUUGCUUGCAUCGCUUGGGCACUGUCAGCAGCCUAAUGCUUCGCCUCCGUACGGGAAGAAAGCAUCAGAUAAGGAGCCAUUUGGCUCAUGUUGGGUCACCAGUCAUUGGCGACGAGGUGUAUCAGGCUGUGCCCACUUAUCGCGCCGACUCGAAGUAUUACACUGGCAACUGGCUGCACCGUUGCAGGCUCUCUUUCCAGAGCAUUGAUGGCAGACGCCAUGCAGUCGAGUGCCCGUUGCCGCCAGAUCUACAAGCAUUUUUGAGCCAAGUUCGCAACAUUCGAAUUCGGACAGUUGCAAAAGACCCCUUUCCAGAGUGA